UGAAUUUAGGAACUUCCUUCAGCGGAUAGAUUUUAAACUGAAGGAUGAAGAAGAACUUAAAGAAAGGAUGGAUGAGAUCUGUAAUUGGGCGUCUUAUAGGGGUCAAAUUCUCACCAGAACAGUAAGAGGAAUGAUGUACUACAGAAAGGCACUUGAAAUCCAAUGCCUUCAAGAUAUGACAGAUCCUGCUAAAGUUGACCGAGACAGAUCAAUAGGAUCCUACCAAGAGUUGCAAUCUGAUAUUGAAAUGGCACAAGCUAUUGCUGAUAUCAAAUUCACCUAUGUUGUCUCAUGUCAAGUUUAUGGCAUGCAAAAGACAUCAAAGGAUUUAAAUGAAAAAAGGCGCUAUCAGAAUAUCCUCAGUCUCAUGAUAAUGAACCCAUCACUACGAGUUGCUUUCAUUGAUGAGGUCGAAGCUCCAACCAGAAAUGGAGCAACUAAGAAGACAUAUUAUUCCGUUCUUGUCAAAGGUGGUGAAAAGUAUGAUGAGGCAAGGUAGAAGAUGCUACCAAAGUACAAAUGCUUCUGUUCAGUGCCACUCUGUCAGAUUGGGUGAAUAAGCUCUCUAUGAGGUUUCUGAAAGUUGACAGGAAAACAGUUGAUCUUGUCGGUAAUGAGAAACUGAAGGCCAGUGCAUCUGUUAAGCACCUUGUUCUUCCUUGUAAUAAGGCAGCAAGGGCACAAGUUAUUCCAGACAUUAUCCGAUGUUAUAGCCAUGGAGGUCGAACCAUCAUCUUCACUAAGACGAAGGAUUCUGCAUCAGAGCUUUCUGGUUUGAUUCCUGGAUCCCGUGCCUUGCAUGGAGAUGUAGCGCAAGCGCAGCGUGAAGUAAUUCUUGCUGGAUUCUGUAGCGGGAAGUUCCAAGUUUUGGUUGCGACAAAUGUGGCGGCUCGUGGUCUGGAUAUUAAUGAUGUGCAGCUUAUCAUUCAGUUCAAGCUCUGCAACGGGAGGUCCGUUCAGUUUGACGUCGGCAACGUGGUCAUGGUGACCGGCGGGAGGAACACCGGGCGUGUAGGAGUGAUCAAGAACUGGGAGAAGCACAAGGGCAUCUUCGAGGUCAUCGACGUGCUGCUUGGAGUUUUUUUGCAUUCUAUGUCUAGUUUUCUCCUAUUUGUUGUACAGGAAAACAUAGAAUGGAAUUCAAAUUUGGUCGUCGCAAAAGUGUGGAGACUUGAAUUCAUAUAAAGUUAGGCUUAACAUUAGUGCAAAUAGUUGUAUUUUAGUUUAGAUUUAGAGUACACUUAUGUAUGCCUUAUUUGACAAUGCUUAUUUAUGAUAUAUUGAAUGGUACUUAUUUAUAUUAUAUGAAUUAUAAUGUUGUUCAA